AUGGGAAAGGAAAGCACUGUUCCGACAGGAUGCGGUGCUGUCAAUCGCGAAGUAGUGUUGGAGAGGAUGUUAGUAGAGGAGGUCGCAAAGCGAGAUGAUGCAGAGCGAGCGGCAGAGGAAUUGCGGAAGCAGAUGCAGCUGCUGAAGGCAGAAGCCCUUGACCUGCGACAAGCCCGCGACUUGACGAAGGGUUCUGUUUUGUGCACAGCUGCUGCCCACGAAGGCACUGCCGUAUCGACUGUCCGUGAUGCAGAAUGUGCAGAGAGUAGGGAAUCUGCUCUUAAAGGAGAGAAUCAUCGGCUGAGGCAGUUGGUGAAACGGCAAAAUGCACUUAUCGAUGUUCUGCGCAGGCAAAAAGUUCUGCUUGAAGCUAGCGCCGCUAUCAACAUAUCGGUGCGCGACUUCGACAAGCAGCUGGAAAUCCACAAGGUAUAG